GCCAAUUUAUAUACGACAUGGCGACAUCCAAGGUCAGCUUGAAGCUUCUCAUAGAUAACAAGAACCAGAAGGUUAUUUUGGCAGAAGCUGACAAGGAUUUUGUGAACUUCCUUCUAUAUCUCCUCGCUCUCCCUUUAGGAACUGUCAUUAGGCUCUUGACAGAACAAGACAUGCUGGGUUGCCUAGGGAAUCUGUAUAAGAGCGUCGACGUACUUGGUGAAUCUUACUUACGAACAACCCAAAUUAAAGAUUCCAUUUUGAAGCCAUUAGUUUCCAUCUCCGCCACUGAAGUACCUCUCUUAUUGCCCAUUACUGAACUCCCUUCGAUACUAUAUAGAUGCCCAUGUUGUAAGCAAAUAGCAGCUAAACACCCAAACAUGGCUUGUCCUAAUUGCAUUGAUGAUGAAGAUGAUGAAGAGGACUUGGCUUCUAAAGACAAGGGUUUUGUGAAGGAUGUGGUGACUUACAUGGUGAUGGACAAUUUGGAGGUGAGCCCUAUGUCUUCCAUAUCAAGUAUUGCAUUACUGAACAAGUUCAACAUCCAGGAUUUAAGUGUACUUGAAGAAAAGGUGGUUGAUUUAGGUACGAAAGAGGCAUUGAAGAUUCUCAAGGAAUCUUUGCAGUCUAAUACAGUUCUUACAAGGGUCUUCCUUGGAACCAUGAAUGCAUAAUGAGGAUGUUACCGAUGUGUUUUUAUCCAGAGUUGAAGCAUGGGUUUGAUUUCUUUUGUCUUUUUGGUUGUUUUUGGUCCAGAGUUGAAGCAUGUUUCUUAUAUGUUGUUAUUUUUGGACAGUGGAAAUUAUGGAAUCUCAGUUUGCUUUCAAAUCUACUAUGUGAGGAAUUAAGUAUG